CGUUGGUUACAAUUGGCGAUGGAGGAAUAUAUUUUACGUUUGAGACCUUUUAUAACAGUAGAUCUGUUGUGGACUCGUGAUAAUCAGCAUCUUUCACAGUUAGUCUCUAGGCAAAAGGGUUGUUUAUAUUGUCUUGAUUCCAGUGGAUCAGUUAUCAACUCUAUAGAGUUUAAAAAACUGCUCUAUGAUUCUUUUGAGAAAGGAAAAGUAAACUUUGUUAUUGGAGGUUCUUUAGGUCUACCAGAAACACUGAAACGUAGAGGGAAACUCAUAAGUUUAUCAUCCUUGACAUUUACACAUCAAAUGACAAGGUUAAUACUUGUAGAACAAAUAUAUCGUGCCACUCAGAUACACAAGGGAACUGCAUAUCAUAAGUAAGAGAACAGAUAAGAAGACCUUGAUUUGCUCCAUGAAUGGCUCUUAAAAAGUCAACGAUAUCAAAACGUAUUGGAUCAAUAGGCUUCAUGUUCUGUUUUAAUGACAUUAUGAUGAGCAAGUGUCGUUAUUGUUUGUGUAAUACAAAAAAUAAAUGAAAAUGGGUUGAGGAGACCAGUAUAUAUGCAAAA